UGUGGUAAAUCCCAGUCUGUUGUGGAGGUGUAAAACUGAUAUUGCACUUCAUUUGGUGUGAUAUUUCUAGAGAUAAAAUCAAAAGUAAUCAUCGAAAGUCGCUCUUGGACGGAAAAUGGACUCUCCUAACCAAGACUCUCCGGCGAUGUCCAGUGUUGGAGCCAGUGGAGGGUCAAUGCCGCCCGGUCUGACGGAGGACGAGGUGGAGGAGCUUACACUAGAGCUCAGUAAGGUGGAGGAUGAAAUUCAGACAUUGCGGCAGGUGCUCUCUGCCAAGGAGAGACACGCAAUGGACCUGAAAAAGAGACUGGGCAUGACUCCUCUAGAAGAACUCAAACAAAACAUCACCAAAGGCUGGCAGGAUGUCCAGUCUUCUAACGCUUAUCUUACAGCUUCAUCCACUAUGGAGGACAUACGCCACUCUGAUGCAUAUAAGAGGACUCAGGAGACUCUCUCUCAGGCGGGUCAGGUGACAUCUGCAGCUUUCUCCAGCAUGGGUUCAGCCAUCAGAAGUAAAUUUGGAGAGAUGAGGGCUCUACCUUACUCACACUCAACUGGCUCCAUGCGCCACUCCUUAAGUAUGCCCGCAAUGAGAAACUCACCUACAUUUAAGAACCUUGGGGAGAAGAUGGAAAACAUGAAGUACAAAGUGAAGGGGGACAGAGCCAAUGGAGAAAGCGCGCACUCCCCGUCUGAAAGGAGCCCGGCCGACAACGCACCCUUCUAACGAAAACACUACCUGAAGAACACUACACACCUCGGAGACUCCUGUGAAACCUGCAAACCCCCCCCCCCCCCCAGUGCACUUCACUGUCUCUAGAGCUUUACCGUCGCCCGGCUUACAUGAAUGUACCAAUAAACUUAACACAGCAAAGAAAUGUUCUGAACUAGCCCCGCGCACAUGCUGUAAAAAAAACAAGCAAACAACCAACCAACCAAACAAAAAAAACAUAGCCUCAUUAGAUGAUUCGUUUCAUAGCGUAAAGCCUGCAGAACUUUUAUUUCUGUUAAUGUACUGGAACUUCUCAUAUA